CGUGCGUUCACACUUCUUUGCAGCAGCAGCGGCUCGAUGGUGUCGCAUCCUGGUUCGAGUUGUUAUCGGGCUUUGAAGAGAUAAACCGCAAUUUGUAUACGAGAGGUGGGCAUAUCCCAUCAACAUCCCUUCACUAAAGCAUGGCUGAGCCCGAGCUCCUCCUGGACUCCAAUAUUCGUCUUUGGGUUGUGCUGCCAAUUGUGUUUAUUACUUUUCUGGUUGGAGUGAUCCGCCAUUAUGUCUCGAUUCUGUUACAAAGUGACAAGAAGCUCACCUUAGAGCAGGUUUCAGACAGCCAGGUUCUCAUCAGGAGCAGAGUUUUACGGGAAAAUGGAAAAUACAUUCCUAAACAAUCUUUCUUGAUGAGAAAAUUCUACUUCAAUAAUCAAGAAGAUGGAUUUUUCAAGAAGACCAAAAGAAAGGUGGUCCCACCAUCUCCAAUGACUGAUCCUAGCAUGUUGACAGACAUGAUGAAAGGCAAUGUGACAAACGUCCUGCCUAUGAUCCUUAUUGGUGGUUGGAUCAACUGGACCUUUUCUGGGUUUGUCACAACAAAGGUACCGUUUCCUCUCACACUCCGCUUCAAGCCGAUGCUGCAGCAGGGAAUUGAGUUGCUCUCUCUAGAUGCCUCCUGGGUGAGUUCAGCAUCUUGGUAUUUCCUGAAUGUGUUUGGUCUCAGGAGCAUGUAUUCUCUGAUUCUUGGACAAGACAAUGGUGCAGAUCAGUCUCGCAUCAUGCAGGAACAGAUGAGUGGUGCUGCAAUGGCAAUGCCUGCGGACACAAACAAAGCAUUCAAGGCGGAAUGGGAGGCUCUGGAGUUGACGGAUCAUCAGUGGGCCUUAGAGAAUGUUGAGGAGGAUCUGAUGAGUAAGGACUUAGACUUGUCUGGGAUGUUCAGCAAAGAGUUGCCAACGGGCAUCUUCUAAGUGCCUGUCCACUACUGAGAGGUUUUGAAGGACCUCACUGAAAUAGAAGAGUGAAUUGUCAGACUGGUUUUGGGAGUGACAAAGUGCUUCCCUUCAGAUUUUUUCUUUAUCCAGAAAGUGCCAUAAACCUCAUUGCAGACAUAUCACAUUUUGUGUAAUAUGCAUGCACCAUUCCAUCCAUUAUUAAUUUUUGCUCAGACGUAAGUGUCAUGGUGUGAUAAAGCUUUAAGCUUUAUCGAUUAUCUCUUGCAACUGCAUUCAUACAACGCAACAGAAACAUUACAGAGCACCCUAUAAUGUCACGUGUGGCCUGGUUUUCUUGAAAACAUUCCCUGAUGAUUAUUGCUAUAUCUUCUUUGUUUUUCUUCUAACACAAUUAAAUUUUUUAUUUUAUGAGCCCCAUUUUCUUAUUUUACUAGGACCAUUUGAUUGUUUGGACCAAGUAGGCAAAAAGGAAGUUUUAGGAAGUGAUGACAUUUUAGAAAGUGGAUCAGACCAUAACAUAGGUUCAGUUACCUAAAUAGUAUGUUCCUAAAUUUACUAGUGUAUUAGAUGCUUUUUUUAUGGUGCCAAUACACCUUGCACUGAGUAUGUAGUGAAAAAGACAUCCUCAUUACAGAUUAAGAUUUAAUGGCAUGUUUAAUGUAUUUAUUUUACUUUUGUUAAAUGUCAUUUUUUGGUUUUGUUAAA